AUGUCUUCCAAUGCUAGUCCUGGGGGAUACGUUCCGGAAGCAGAGAAGCCUCGUCGCAGAUGGGUUUCCCGGUUGGAAUGCGAGGCCGAACCGGGCCUGACGAACAAGCAACUCUUCCUCACGAACCAUGAUCUCAAGCCGGUCGAGCCUGAGCGACGACAAUGGCGCCACAUCAACUAUGUCACCUUCUGGAUCGCCGACUCUUUCAACAUCAACACCUGGAUGAUCGCGGCCUCGUCGCUCGAAGUCGGGCUUUCGUGGUGGCAGGCAUGGAUCUGUGUUUGGGUUGGCUACUCAAUCGCCGCCUUUUUCGUGGUCUUGACCGGCCGAAUCGGUGCAACGUAUCACAUUGGCUUUCCCAUCGUCAAUCGAGCCUCGUUCGGCAUUUGGGGUUCUCUCUGGCCGGUCUUGAACAGAGCCGUUAUGGCUUGCAUUUGGUAUGGAGUCCAGGCUUGGAUUGGGGGUGAAUGCGUCUACCUCAUGAUCGCCAGUAUCUGGCCCUCGUUCGGUCAGCGGCCCAGUUUGACGAAAUCCAUCGCGAUGGGAGGCACCGUCAAUUACUUGAUCUCUUUCAUCCUCUUCUGGCUCGGCUCGCUUCCGUUUAUUUGGUUCCCGGUCCACAAGAUCCGUCAUCUGUUCACCGUCAAAUCAAUUGUUGCUCCGGCGGGCGGUAUCGCGCUAUUUGUCUGGGCCAUUGUCCGAGCAGGAGGCGUCGGCCCCAUUGUGCAUCAAGGUUCGACGGCGACCGGAUCCGAUCUGGCCUGGGGUGUUAUAGCAGGUAUCAUGAGUGCCGUGAGCAACUUUGCCACGCUCAUCGUCAAUGCGCCCGACUUUACGCGUUUCGCCUCUACACCCUCGGCGGCUGUGUGGCCUCAAGCCAUCACCAUCCCGAUGGGAUUUGGCCUCACAUCCUUCAUUGGCAUUAUUGCUGGGUCCGCGUCCGCAGUGAUCUACCCUGAGAAAGGAGCGACGUGGAACCCUCUCGAGCUGCUGCGAGACUUCAUCACGAACGGCGAGCCUGGCGGCGUCGGCGGCCCUGGCGACCGAGCUGGUACAUUCUUCAUCGCCGCAGCUUUUGUCGUCGCCCAGCUUGGUACCAACAUCGCGGCAAACAGUAUUUCCGCGGGCACAGAUUUGACCGCUCUUCUUCCUCGCUUCAUCAACAUCCGACGCGGUGGCUAUAUCUGUGCCAUUAUCGGUAUUGCCAUCUGCCCCUGGCAGUUCCUCACAUCCGCCUCCAACUUCACCACCUACCUGUCGGCGUAUUCCGUGUUUUUGUCCUCGAUUGCUGGGCCCAUGAUAAUCGAUUAUUAUUUCGUGCGCAAGGGUUACCUAUUAAUCCGAGACCUGUACAAUGCCGAAAACGACGGACCGUAUUAUGGCGUCUACGGGAUUCAGUGGCGCGGCUAUGUCGCGUAUAUCUGUGGCAUCCUGAUCAACGUUGUCGGCUUCGCAGGCGCCGUCGGUACAGACGUACCCAUUGGCGCCACGUAUAUCUACAGAUUGAAUUUCUUCGCGGGAUUUAUCGUGAGCGGGCUUGUGUAUUACUUGCUGUGCAAAUCCUUCCCGAUCCCGGCCUUGAGCCCAACGGGAAAAUGGUUUGAGGUUGGAGACACGAUCCGCAACCCAAGUUUGGUAUAUGGAUCAGAGGUGGAGGAGGCUGUAUCUCGUCAAGUGGAUGAUGAGCCAGGUGCUAGGUAUGGAGAGAAGAAGUGGUGGAACAUCAAGUCUCAUUUCUGA